GGGCAAAAAUCGGGGGCUUCUUGACGUUCGACAGCUCGGCACUGGGUCCGGUUGCAGUCUGGUCAAAUCGGAGCUCGACGUCGGACGUGGUUUUGACAUUUCUCUCGGCGGCGACGGUAGCCUACUAGAUCUCAGAGUGUGUGUGUGUGUGUUGAAAGGGCUCCUGGAGCAGAAGCUGUUGCCCCCCCGGGGGAGCCAAAGGGAAUCGGAGUCCCAGUUCUUUGUGGUGGGUCGUGGACGGCCCGGGGUUUUUGCGGCCGUGUGGACCCGUCACGGGGGCAGUACCUUUGGGAAAUGGAUAGACCUCCGCUGCCGUUGCUGUAAUCAUGAUGCAUGUCACUGAGUGCCAAUACCGUUGGUGAUGAAUCUGUUCAGUAACGAUGUUUUAUAACAGUUUUAUGCGCACUGCACGGAGUUGGAUCGAGGCGAAUUUCCAGAAGCGCGAGUGCAUCAAGUACAUCCCUAACCUUAAAAAUGAAGAUGUCUGCUGUUGCGGCCAGGAGCGGCGAACGCACCAAACGGUGCCGGGCAUCGAACCUGGCGUGGCCGGCGACGUCUGGCAGCCGCAGAAGCACACCCGGCCCCAGCCAACGGACGCGUACGGGACGAUCGAGUUCCAGGGCGGAGCGCAUCCCACCAAAGCACAGUACGUCCGCCUCUCGUACGAUACCCGGCCCGAGCUGCUGGUGCAGCUUUUCACCCGCGAGUGGAACCUGGAGCUUCCGAAGCUGCUCAUCACCGUCCAGGGCGGCAAGGCGAACUUCGAUCUGCAGCCCAAGCUGAAGAAGGUGCUGAGGAAAGGACUCCUCAAGGCGGCCAAGACGACCGGGGCUUGGAUCUUCACCGGCGGAACCAACACAGGUGUCACGAAACAGGUCGGCGAUGCACUCAUCCUGGACGGCCAGCAGCGGUCCGGACGCGUUGUCAGCAUCGGCAUCGCACCCUGGGGCAUCGUGGAGCGGAACCACGAACUGCUCGGCCACAACCGAGACGUUCCCUGUCACAGUAUUAGCUCGCCGCGCUCCAAACUGGCCGUGCUCAACAACCGGCACGCGUACUUCCUGCUGGUGGACAACGGCUCCCAGGGCCGGUACGGGGCCGAGCUGAUCCUGCGCCGGAAGCUGGAAAAGUACAUAUCGAACCAGAAGUUGCAACCCUAUAAGGCACUUUCGGUGCUGAUGAAUUUCCAUUAUAAAGUUACGCACUCGAGCACCCCCGUAGUCUGCUUGGUAAUCGAGGGUGGCACCAACACGAUCCGCGCCGUCCUAGAGUACGUCACCGACAGCCCCCCGGUGCCGGUCGUGGUCUGCGACGGGUCCGGCCGGGCCGCCGACCUGAUCGCGUUUGUACAUAAAUAUGCGUCCGAUACGGGCGAACAGAUCGUGCUGGAGUCGAUGCACGAUUACCUGCUCGGCACGAUCCAAAAAACGUUCGAGGUGGGCGCCGAACAGGCCGAGCAGCUGUACCAGGAGCUGCUGCUCUGCACAAAGAACAAAAACCUGAUCACGAUCUUCCGGAUCCAGGAUCGGCCCGAGGGCAAAACGCAAGAGUUGGACCAAACCAUACUGACUGCACUUUUUAAAUCUCAGCACCUUAGUCCACCGGAGCAGUUGAGCCUGGCGUUGACCUGGAACCGGGUGGACAUUGCCCGGUCGGAAAUUUUUGUUUACGGCCAGGAGUGGCCCCACGGAGCGCUGGACGAGGCGAUGAUGCAAGCGCUGGAGCACGAUCGGAUAGACUUUGUGAAGUUGCUGCUGGAAAAUGGAGUCUCGAUGCGAAAGUUCCUGACGAUUCCACGGUUGGAAGAGUUGUACAAUACGAAGCACGGACCAGCGAACACCCUGGGGUACAUCUUGAGGGACGUUCGACCUCACAUACCGAAAGGGUACAUUUACACGUUGCACGACAUAGGGUUAGUGAUAAACAAACUGAUGGGCGGGGCCUAUCGGUCUUAUUAUACGCGGCGGAAAUUCCGGCCAAUCUACGCCAAGGUCAUGAACAGCUACGUCAACACCCACCGGAAACCUUCGACGUUUGCGCGCAGUGCCGGCGUCAACUCGAUGAGUCUGGUGACCGGACUGCUACCAGUUACCUCGGAUAUGGCACUGUUUGAGUUCCCGUUUAACGAACUCCUCAUCUGGGCGGUGCUCACCAAACGACAGCAGAUGGCACUGCUCAUGUGGACGCACGGCGAAGAAGCGCUGGCCAAAUCGCUGGUCGCCUGCAAGCUGUACAAAGCGAUGGCUCACGAAGCGGCGGACGACGAUCUGGACACGGAGAUCUACGAGGAGUUGCGCAGUUACGCGAAGGAGUUCGAGAGCAAGGGCCUUAAGCUGUUGGAUUUUUGCUACCGCCAGGAUGCGGAACGGGCCCAGCGGUUGCUGACGUGCGAACUGCAGUCCUGGUCUAGCCAAAGCUGCCUCUCGCUGGCGGUGGCGGCCAACCACCGGGCGAUUCUGGCCCACCCCUGCAGUCAGGUCAUCCUGGCGGAUCUGUGGAUGGGCGGGCUGCGAACGAGGAAGAACACUAAUCUUAAGGUAAUAUUAGGUUUACUGGUGCCACCCUUCAUCAAGAAGCUGGACUUCAAAUCGAAGGAGGAGCUCCAAAAGAUGCCCCAAACCGAGGAGGAACACCUCGAGAACCAGUGUCUGGACUACGACGACAACGGCAAGCACAAUCCGGACGCAGAGAAAGCACUAGAGAUUUCCACUCCAAAUGAGAAACCUGCUGUCGAUCAGAACUCGACGUCGACCGCGCAGGCGCUUUUGUCCGACACGUACUCUAUGAAAGAUACCAAAGUGCAGGAAAAUGGAAAAGUAGGUCUGACCGGAUGUCUGAAGGCAAAAGUUUCGCUGACGGAUUCGGAGAACACCCAGUACAAGGACUACAUGUACGACCACGACAUGCGCCAUAGGCCGCUGAAGCUGAAGAAGAAGUUCUACGAGUUCUACACGGCGCCCAUUACCAAGUUUUGGGCAGAUUCGAUGGCGUACGUGUUCUUUCUGGUGCUGUUUACGUACACGGUGCUGGUCCGGAUGGAGCCCUACCCGAGCUGGCAGGAAGCGUACUCGAUAGCGUACAUCGCCACGCUGGGCUGUGAAAAGAUCCGGGAGAUCGUCUCGUCGGAACCGGUGGCCAUUUCCCACAAAUUCUCCGUCUGGGCGUGGAACAUGUGGAACCCGUGCGACGCGGCCGCCAUCAUCUUCUUCCUCAUCGGGCUGGUGCUGCGCUUUCGGCCGUACACGAUGGACGUCGGCCGGGUCAUCUACUGCGUGGACAGCAUCUACUGGUACUUGCGCAUCCUGAACAUCCUGGGCGUCAACAAAUACCUCGGACCGCUGGUGACAAUGAUGGGCAAGAUGGUGAAGAACAUGAUUUAUUUCGUGGUGCUGUUGCUGGUGGUGCUGAUGAGUUUCGGGGUCAGCAGGCAGGCCAUUCUGUUCCCGAACAACGACGCCAGCUGGCGGUUGAUCCGCGAGGUGUACUACCAGCCGUACUUUAUGCUGUACGGAGAGGUCUUUGCGGACCACAUUGAUCCACCGUGCGGGGAGGAUCCCUCGCAGCCGAUGUGCGUGACGGGUCACUGGAUUACGCCCAUCGUCAUGACGGGUUAUCUCUUGAUUUCCAAUAUCUUGCUCAUCAAUCUGCUCAUUGCGGUGUUCAACAAUAUCUACAUUGAGGUCAACUCCGUGUCGCAUCAGGUCUGGAUGUUCCAGCGCUUCACCGUCGUGAUGGAGUACCAGCAGAAGCCGGUUCUCCCGCCGCCGUUGAUCGCCUUUUGCCACUUUUACUCCUUUCUCAAGUAUUGUGUGCGCAAAGCGAAGGGCCUCCAGCAGUCCCGGGACAACGGCCUCAAACUGUUCCUCGAGAAGGAGGACAUGGAGCGGUUGUACGACUUUGAGGAGGAGUGCGUCGAGGGUUACUUCCGCGAGCAGGAUGUUCUGCUGCAGCAGUCCACCGAAGAGCGCAUCAAGAACACGGACGAACGGGUCGAGAACAUGUCGCAGAAGAUCGAGGACAUCAACCAGAAGGAGAACAUCCAGACGGCGACGGUGCAGAACAUCGAGUUCAGGUUGAGAAAGGUUGAAGAAUCAGCGGAUCAGAUUCUGUCCCACCUGGCGGUUAUUCAUCGGUUCAUGUCGGCGCACACGCAGAUCCAGGACAACCUGAACGGUUCCAACAGCAACGUCAGCGGGACGGGUGGAAUCGGUGCCAUAGCUAGUGUCCCCACGGUAGGACCGGGAAUCGUGUUCGACUCCCGCGCUCGAACCAUCUCGGAGACCGACAGCAACAUCAUCCCCAUAAUCCCCGCAAAUCCGGUCAAUCCGAGGCGGAAGAUGAACCGAUCGCUGACGGAGGUUCGCCCCGACGCGUACAUCUUCGACGACGGGAUGCACUUUGAGGUGAGGACGGUACCGGAGGAGAAUGAGAGCGACCGGUCGCCGGAAAAGACCCAUUCAGGAUCGCACGAACCGCGCAAGCUUUCGAUGCGCUCGGAAGACUCGGAAAUGUUCCUGCCCCCGUCGUCGAAAGCGCUCUCGCCGGUGGAAUCCGCGGGGGUCGCAAGUUCAACCAGCAAGCAACCAAAGACCCCGUUCCUGAACGUGCGCCAGGACACGGCCAGCACGGAAAGUAAGGACACGUUGACGCCGCUGGAGAACUGCGACGAUCGGACGCUGAUCGGGGACGAAUCCGGCGAGGACAUCAUCGACCCGGCCAACUUUGACGGACUGCGGCAGAGGGCGGCAGCGGCGAGGCGGAGGAACAGCUCGAUGGGUGGUGGAGGAGCGGCUGGGGGAGGAGGAGGAGGUGGAGGAAGGAGGAAUUCCGAGAGUGCUUCCGGGUUCGACAUGAACAAGUCCCAGAACAGUUUGUACCAGUUGAGCUUUGUCAAGCGGCAGCACAGUGUGACGCAGUCGGAGCCGGAUAGUGGGAAUGAUCAACCAGCCGUCCAGCGUCCGGUGGCCAAGGGGCGCCACCUGCUGCUGCAGAUCCACCAGGAGUACACGUCCAUCACGGACGAACUGGAGAGCGUGUGCCACAUGAUCACCUCGCCGACUUCGUCGCGGGGCGGCACCGACGACCGGCCGAAGAACGUGAACGAGCUGAGCAAUCCGGAGUUUGCGGCGCUGAUCGAGAAGCAGCACCUGAAGGAGUGCGAGGACAGCGACUAUCUGAUGAUGGAGCGGAUUCUGCAGACGCGAGGUUCGGUGGAAGACAGUGACGACAUGUUUGAUGACUUUCAUGAAGAUGGUGGGGGCAGGAAGAUGUUGAGGAGGGAGACGGCGAUUGAGCUGCCGGUGACGCCUUCGAAGAGUAACAUUUUGUCACUGGCGGAGAGCGUGGGUGCCAAUGAGGAGCAUUAUAGUAUUAGAAAUGAGCGGCAGACGUCGGCGUCGAACCGGAAUUCGAUGCGAGAUUCGAAAAAUUCCCCAGUGUCCUUAUCCAGUCAGAAUUCCCCGCGGAAUUCGCAGUUUUUGCAAUCGUCUUACUUAAAUCCGUCGUCGUUUGAUGGGGGGAGAAUUUACAAAAAGUCGUGCGAAAGUUUGCAGAAGAACUCGAGCACGGACACGGAGUAUUCGCUGCAGCCGUACCGGUUCAUCAAGCAAAGCUCGAACGAAACCAACAGCUCGAUCAACGUGGACAACUCGUCCAUCACGAACGACCUCUCGAUGGACGGCGAAACGAGCCUCAACUCGACGGUGAUCGAGAUGCUCGCCGGUUCAGCGAAUCUCGGCCCACCGGAAGACCGGACAGGUUUCACCAAGCGUACGGCAUCGCUUGGCAGCGCGUCGCUCGUCCACCAAAACUCCGACACGACCAAUUCCACCUCGACGACGCGUCAAAGCUUCCUCAAGAAGCAACUCAGCAUCGACAAAAGUGGCCCGGGUGCCGCCGCCGGAUCGAUCCCGGAAAACCUCGAACGACUCGCCCCGCCUUCCAGCAAACCGAAACCAUCGAACCGCUUCUUCGACAACCUGUCCGUCCUCGGCACCAAGUCCGUCAUGUCGCUGCUCAAGGAGAGCAGCUCGACCAGCACCGACGACACGCACACGGCCUCGCUGCGGGAGCCGGCACCGGCGCCCAUUCCGUGCAUCAGCACCAACCUGGUGCAGGAUGAGAUCGCCAAGCUGUCUUCGAACAUUAAGAGUAGCACCGAUGAGGACACCGAUCCGCCCUUUAACGAGACCAUGUGCUGAUUUUAGGUGAACCACGGGGUUAGUUGUUAAGGAGUCACGCACAGUUAGGGCACACACACACAUCACGACAAUUGAGUUUAUCCCGUCAUCACUUUUUAUUCCAAAUUUGUAAGGAACGCGAACGACGAGCACCGGAUGCAGUAUCGAAUUGUUGAAGUUUAUUUUUGUUAGAGUUUAAGAGCGGGAUGCGUGCAUGCGUGAGAUUGAGUUAGGAUAAUGGUAUCAAGUUGGGAAAUGUCCAGUUUCAAAGAAUUGUAUUGUUUAUUUUUGUAUUUAGCAAUAUUAUUCAAAAUAUCAGGUUGAUUGUAUUUUCGACAAAACUUUUAAAUAAAUUGAAAUAGUGUUUGAUCCUUAAUUUGUAUUCCCGGAAAAAAGUAAAAACUUCUAGCAUAUUUUUAAGCCUUUUUAAAAACGAGAAUAUUUGGCAAUAUCAUUAUCUCAUGAAUAGAAAAAUAAACGCUGAAACAUUCAUCCAAAUCGGAGCACCUCGAAACGACCUGUGACACACUCUAGAAAAGGCGCGGAAUUCACUCUGCUGAUUUUUACAUUAUUUGCAAAAUUUCAGAGACAAAAUUGAUUGAAUAUUGAAGAUUUAAUUGCAGGGAUGGAAUAAUCGCAAAAAACUUUUUCGCUUGCGAACUUUCUUUACCAGCGAAAGAGAGAAGAGGCGAAACACGCUAAAGAAAAUCGCUCUUGAACUUGAUCAGUUGAAGAUUUUAUGUGAUUUUCAUUGUUGGAACAACUUAAAUGAAUUUAUUUUGUUUUGCUUACAUAAAUACGUUUUUCAUCUACGAAAAGUGACAAGCCAUUUUUCGACGUGUGAAGUUACACCUGCAAGUGUAGUAGUGAAAUCGGUGUUCCACCGAAUAAGCAAGAUGAUUUUUCGGCAAUUUAUUCUCUAAAUGAGCGUCAAAAGAUUUUCAUUUGAUGAAGAUAUAAAUUUGCUCAAAACGCGGAAAUGUUGGCAAAAUAUUGAAAAAUUUAAAGGAAAUUCUUUAAAGCUAAUAAAUACAAAGUUUUAUGUAUUGCGUCACAUCUAUUUAUAGGACGUAGGUGUUUCCGCAAAAAAGGUUUUUUUUUUAAAUUCUCCAGAAAAACUUCUCAUAUUAGUUCGGUAGCUUCUAUCACAUAAAAAAAAUACGAUUUAUUUAUUUAACUUUCUUCAAUAAAAGUAAAAAUUGAUUUUUUUUUUCAAUUUUCAAGAUUUGUGUUUAUUGAAUGGAAUUAAAGAAAGUAUUUCUCAAGAAGGGUGCAAAAUAUGAUACUGGAGAUAUGAAUAUUUGAAAAAAAAUUAAUAUUUGAAAAAAAUCGAUAAUAAUGUAUCUUUAAAAAAAAAAAAAUGCCAAGUCAAAUUUGCAAUCAAAAAUACCAGAACAAACAUCUGAUAAAUUUCUUCGUUUCCAAGUAUUUUUUUUUCGAAAAUUAUUCGAUUUUUCCCAAUUAAAAAAUCCUUUCCACGAUGUUUUGAAAAAGGUGAUCAAAAUUUCCUACAUUUUUUUUUUCUUUGACUUUGUUCAUCGGACUGCUGGUUUCUAUGAAACAGCUUUUGAAGUUGUGCAGUCUUGUGACAUGUCCUAUCAUUCGGAAUAAUUUAUCCGAAUUAGCUAAAAUCGGUGCACUCGAAAAAAAAAUGUAAGUCAUUUUCAAAUGCAAAUUUGAUUUUGCAUCUGAAAAUGAUUUUUAAAAUUUUGUUUGACAAUAUUUUAUAUUUUGUUCCUAAAAUCCUAUUUUUUCCAUAAAUAGGCCGUUGCAAAUAUUUUCCAAAGUUAAGUCGCCAAGUCCCUCCCCCCCUUUUUAAAAUCAAAAAAUCAGUUGACAAAAACAUAUUUUUGUCGAAAAACAUCAAAAUUUUAAUUAAAAUAUAUGUUCAACCAACUGAAAACAAUUUCAACAAUUUGAAUUUAAUUUUCCUGCGUCCAAAAUAAUUUUAAUCAAAACUAGGUAUUUUCAAUUUUUUUGGAAUUUCAAUCUACAGCAACGAAAAAAGUUUUUUUUCGGGAAAAAAUAUUUCUCCAUUGUUUGAAUAUUUUGAAAAAUAAUGAUUGCAAACCUACUGGGCAGGUGUAAAAUGCAUUUUAAAACACUUUUUUCAUUUAAAUGUUAAAAGCAUGACUUGUAAUUUCAUUUUUAAAACCUUUUUAUUUUUUGCGUAAAAGACUUAUUGCUUUAAUUCUCAACAGCUGGGAUUGCAGUUUAUUUUCAACCAAUGCAAUUCUUUGAUCUGGAUAUCUGAUCGUGUAUAUAAAUUAGACCCAUAACCAAAUGUUGUACAUUUUUCGAAAAUUUUAAGUAACAAAAUCCCCACAGAGAAAAAAAAACAAGAAGAUAGGAUACAUAAGGUUAGUUGGAUCAAGAAAGUCAAAAAGAGGAUGCUUUUGGCAAUAUACGAAGAAUGAAAAGCAGAUAUCAGCAUAGAAAUCGAAACAUAUUACCGGAGAAGAGGUAGAGGAAACGAACCCCACUCAUUAUACACCCCCACAGAGUAAUAGAGAUAGAGUUUUUUGCGGAAGGAAGCAGCAGCAGCAGCAUCAAUCGGCAUGCGUUAGUUAGGUGCAGUUAGCGAUUUAAUAAGAUUGAGCACUGAUUUUAAAUUGGCAAAAGUGAAGAAGGAGAACGCAACCUAUCCAAAGAACUGCCAAGAUGCAUCAACAACCACAACCAAUCGACUGAUGAAUAACAGCAACAGUUUCUAUUUUAGACGAAAACUGGGAAAAGAAGAAAUCCAGUUUGGCGGUUUGAAAAAUAAAAGUUAGUCCAUACACUUAAUACGAGACAAAAGCAAAACAAAUAAACAAGGUUUUAACGAAGGAAUCUUGAGGUUGUCAGCAAAGCGCACUUUUAAACGCAUCUUUCCCCUAAAAGUUCCACACGCAUUCGCUUGAGAUGCUUGGAAUUGUGCGAACAUGAACUAAACUCCUCAAAAGCCCCCUCAAUUGUGAACAACUUAGAUUUUGUACUUAAAACUGGGAUUUCCACAGCCUUUUUCAGAAACUUAGUAGUGAAAACUUGCGACUUAGAAUCAUCAUUCGUCUUUUAGCAACUCCUCUCGUCUAUAGGUCACAUUUAUCCGAUGUAUUCACAACUUCAAACGGUAGAAUUUAGGAAAUCUCAUCUAAUAAAGCAACAGCAUUACAUGGUAUUUAAUGAAAAACAAAAAAAAAAGCACAACCUACACACAUCUACACAUUUCUUCGUGAUCCUUUUUCCAAACAAAUAUCGAAACAAUCUAGAUAUCGCUCCUAAAAGCAACAAAAACAUAAGAAAAAAAUCUUUUUACCAGAGAAACUAGAAUGUAGUUAAAACUUGAAGAAAACUAGCAAAUAAACCAACAUUCUCUAUCAUUCAGAAGACCACUUGUCGAUAACUGUGUGUAGUAGAUUUGAAUACUGAAACAAAUUAGAAAUCCAAAAAUGAAUCACAUUUUACACAAUCUAAAACUUGAAGAAAUAAAAAAAAAAAACAAGAGUCCUGAAAAGGUCGACGGAGAAAGUAAUGAGACAAUAUUAUUCAAUAAAACAAGUUAUAUACUGGAACCAAAGGCGCGGAAGGAGCAGAAAAUUAGAACAAAAACAAGAAAAAGUUAAAUUUUACACCCGAUUGUUUGCCGCUGCAAAAAGUCUGAGUUACCGCACCAGUUCAAGUCCAGUCCGGGAAGAAACGAGUUUUAAGAAUUGCACACAACAACACCUUGAAAAUAGUUAGCCCUCGAAAAAGAAUAGAAAAAAGGUGUAUUAAGGCGAGCAAGCUGUUACGUUCACGUUACGCAAAUAGUUUUUUUAUGUACAGAUAUUAGAUUACAGCAGCAAAAAGAGAAAUAUUGAAGGCGCGAGCAAAUAUAUUGAAUUUUUGUUUAUCAUUGACA